AUGUUUGUAGCCUCAUGGUAUAGAUUUUACGAUGAUUUAAGUGAUAAUGUUGAUGUUUCCAUUUCCGGAACUCACAUUAAACAAGUUUUCACUACUAGUAUUGCCUUUGCCGCAAUUUCAUGGAUUUUCACAACUAUUACCAUUAUAAUAAAUAUAGUGGACCGUAUUAAGUCAGGCCUCUCAAAAUUAAAAUUCGGUAGAUUCCUUCCAAUCGUAGCUUUUCUCUUUGCUUUGUUCUCAGUCUUGGUGAUGCAAGCAACUCCGAAAGCUCUCUCUAGUGACUGUUCUGACAGUAGUAUCAAGGGAUUCGUCUGGAUUGGGUCAUGCGAAGGCUAUGGUUGCUUUAAGAACCUUAAUGAAAGCGGCCAAUGUGGAGCUUCAACAGGUUGGGUUAUGAUGAUAAUAGCUACCAUCACAUCGUUUUUUGCUUCAUUAUUCAGUUCUAUCUUUAUUCGGUACGGUGUAGCUUUAGCUAAAUAA